CCGGACUGAUCUGCUCUUCGCUGUGAACUUACGCAUGCAUACUGUGUAAGUUCAUACUGCGUACACAGAAAGGAUCAUCUCUGUAUCAACUUAAAGAACUGUUAGGCAAGGAAUAUGGCUGCAGCUGCAGGUGGUGACUCUCCCAGAAAGAAAUUACUGCUAACUAUUCGACGACAGUAUACGAGUCUUUCUACCACAAAUCAGAAACAAGCGUCGGAAGCCUUCGAGAAAACUUUUUUGAAACUGUGGGGUGAACGGUCACGUGAUGCCUCGUUUGACGGGCUUCUGUUCAAAGUUUGUAAAUGGCUAUCACUGGAAAAGCCAAAGUUGUCCAAACCACAAGAGCGUGACCGUGCUGUUAGAUGUCUAGAAGACUAUGCAAAAAGUUUAAUUGACAGUAUGAAAGUUGAAGAGAAUGUCUCACAGACCAGUCACAAAUUUUCAGACCGUCCAGCCUUUAGUAAAACUGAAUCUACUUUUUCAAGGAAUGAAUGUUUGGAUGCAGCCAAGGAGUCUGCUGUUAAUAGUGACACUAAGUUCAACGAUCAAUCAGUUGGAGCAGUGAAGGCUUGUGGGUCACUCAAAGUAUUUGCAGUGAGAGUGGAGGGAACUAUUGUGCGUUUCAAAGGCAAAGACAUUCAAGUUGGCAUAACUGAUGAAAUCAAGACUGAUGAUAAACGGAUGGAGGUUUCAAUACCAAGAAAUGCACUAUUCUCGAGUGGUGUAAGACUUAAUCCUGGUGAUGUUGUAACAUUCAAGCAGUCUGAGAAAGAUCCGUGUAUAGGUUAUGCACCUGAAGUUGUCAGAAUUGUAAAAAUGGAACAAGAUGAGAUGGAACGGUACAUUAAAAGAGUCAGAGAGAAAGCAGAACAGAACCCUCAUGAUGCUAUUGCUUUUAUAACUCGAUGUAUGCCUCCUUGGACCUACGUAUGCUCUCAGUCUCAACUGUCUAGUUGGAUGACUUCUGAUAUUCUUGACCUCGUUAGUCUGUUUGUAUCUUUUGGUAACUGUCUAAGGAGUGAUGCUCGACUGGGACGUAUUCUGAAAAGUUUAGCCAAUAGUCGUUUUACAGCCACUAUCUUACAGAAGUAUGUGAAGAGUAAUAUUCACUCAUACUUCAGCCCUGAAGCUGACAUUAUUCAGAGAGUUGUGGAGGCACUGAUACAAUCUGUUCCAGAGAGGUGUACUCGUUUACUUCCAAUUAUUGAGUAUCUUGCACAGAUGGCUCAUCAUGAGACUAAUCAAGGCCAAGUGUCUUGCAUUGCCAGUAGUCAAGAUGAAGGGCUAAACCAGGACGUCGUCAACAGAGCUUGUGAUUCAUGGAAAUCUGUAGAGUUUAUUCUCAGAACUACUCGGACUCUAGCUGUGUCUGUAUUUGGUGCAAGUGAGGAUGUGGCUAGUCUCAACUGGCAUGAACUUCCUAUUGUUCCUUCUGUAACCGAACUGUUAGGUCGAAAUCAAGUGGAAGAUGUGUAUAUACCAACUGUUCUUACUGAUCGACCCUAUGAGUCUGAGGAUGCUUAUCUAGACACAUAUUUCCGUCUGCUUCGUGAAGAUUGUUUUCAUGAGUUAAAAGUGGGCAUUCAGAGGUAUUUGAAAAGUGAACUUGAUGAGCGAGACAUGGCACUAUACAGGAUUCAUCUUGAUGGUCUUCGAAUAGACAACACAGGCUUGGCUUUGUCUGUUCGGUUUAAAUUUCUUGGCAAAAGAGUUAUUGACUGGAACUACAGUCGUUUAUUGAUGUUUGGAAAUCUGGUGUGUAUAAGUACGAAUGCUGUCUUUGAUGAACCAAUAUGGGCAAUGAUUGCGCACCGAACUCCUGAAUUACUGCAACAAGGAAUUGUGUUCUUGACGCUGAGUAGUGAGCACAAUCGUUUGUCUGAUGCUGAGGUUGUCUUGUUGCUGCAAAGCUGUGCAAAUAUCAGUGCCAAUCCUCACAAAGCCAUGAGAGUUGGCAUUAUGGCUGAGAGCCCAUCAUACUAUCGAGCAUAUGGGCCUGUUCUUCGUUCAUUGAAAGACAAAAGCAGUGGACUGCCGUUUAAAGAAGAGCUCGUUGACAUAGUCUCCAGUCAAAAGUCACCAGAGUAUUUGCAAAAGGGCCAUAUUGACUGGUCUUGUAUCUUUGAUAAGAAUACCUCUAGUACAAGUCAUGAGUCCUCAAUUGGUUUGUCAGGAGAAGAUAGUUCUCCAAUAGAUGAGUUUGAAAAUCUGGUACAUCAGGGUGUACCAACUACUUUUGAUGAAACACAGCUGUCAGCAAUCAAAACCUGCUUAAAGAACAGAGUUUCUCUUAUUCAAGGUCCACCUGGCACUGGUAAAUCUUUUAUUGGUGUCAAAUUGGUUCAACUAAUUUUGUCAAUGGAUGAAGAAAAGCCAGAAGGUCCCAUUUUGGUGUUAACGUACAAGAAUCAUGCUCUUGAUCAGUUUCUUGAGGAUUGCUUACAAUUUUGCAAAGAUCUAGUACGUGUUGGUGGAAGAAGUCAAAGUGAAAAAUUGAAACAGUACAAUUUGAAUGAGCUGAAACGUGAUGCUUUUGUUGACAGAGAUAUCAAAGGUACUAAGCGUCAACUGACUGAUUUGAAAGAGCAAUUGCCACUUGCUCUACACCAAAUGAAGAAUGCACCAGUUUUUAGUGUCAAUCGAUUUAUUGAGGUUGCUACUUUGGAGCAAAUUCAGUCUCUCUGCCAAGGUUGUCCUGUGGGCUUAGUUGAUUCAUCUUUGAUGUCAUCUAUAAGUGAGAUAGUAAAGCUAAUUAAACAAGUUUCAAUUUCUGAGUAUUCUGCGGAAAUCAAAGAUGUUAAAUCAAGGCUUUUGCAAUCACCUAAAAUGCAAGCUACUUUGUCAUGUCUUUUGGUUGAAUGGACACCUGCUAGUACUGUUUUCUUGUCUGUUUGUCAACCAGAGAAGGUACCCAGGUAUCUUCUCAGUGAACAAGUUACUUCUACACAAUCCAAACCAUCGGAAACUUUGGAUGAGUACGUGGAUGAUGAAGAUGAGAUUGAAGAUAUUUUUGACAAGCGAUGCUUGACACAAGAUAUUGAAGUUAAUGCUAAGUUGGCUGAUCGGUGGCGAGACCCAAAGGAAGGUUUCUUACAAAUAGAUGACGUUCGCUCUUCUAAAAUGCCAUUUGCUUGUGUUCUCCCUCAUGUAGUAGGCAAUGUUGAUGGCAAUGAUGUGAUUGGUGUUGACAAUCUGUGGCAUUUACCAGUAGAAGAACGCGCACGACUGAUUUUAUAUUGGAUGUCAAGAUUUAAAGAAGAAGCACAACAAGAGGUUGUGAAGAUCUUGAACUCAAUUUCUGAGCUAUCCAAGCAAUUGGAAGAGCAGAAAGCUGAAGAUUAUGCAAAACUAAUUUCAAAAGCCUCAAUUGUUGGAAUGACAACAACUGGAGCUGCUAUUAAUUCUACACUUAUAAAUGUGAUAGCCCCCAAAAUCAUUCUUGUUGAAGAAGCAGCUGAAAUCUUGGAAGCACAGCUUAUAGCUGUACUGCCAUCGAGUGCUCAGCAUUUGAUCAUGAUUGGAGAUCACCAACAACUUCGUCCUCAAGUUCAAUCCUAUACUUUGAAACGUGAUCAUGGAAUGGAUGUUUCAAUGUUUGAAAGGCUCAUAAAGCAUCUCCCAUUAAGCCAACUGGGAUACCAAUGCAGGAUGAGAGAGGAAUUUGUUGCACUGAUUCAACCCAUUUAUCCAGAUUUGAAAACACAUAAAGAAUUGGUGAAAAGAAAUUGGGCAUGCAAAUGUGUAAGGAGGUCUAUGUUUUUUUGGACACAUUCAUUUAAAGAAGAGCUUAGCCAAUAUUCUAGAAGCUGGUGCAACAAACAAGAGUUAGAACAGCUCUUGCUUGUCUUGAAUUGGCUAAUUCUCAAUGGGCAUCAACCUGAAAAGAUUACCAUUUUAUCAGCAUACAGGGGCCAGUUACUUGAGAUACGAGCACAGCUGCAGCAUAUGAAGGCGACAGAUGUUGUUACUUCAACAAUUGAUAGAUACCAGGGAGAUGAAAACGAUUUUGUGCUGGUGUCACUUGUUCGAUCAAGGAGACUUGGCUUUCUUGCUGCUUCCAAUCGAAUGUGUGUUGCUGCAUCACGAGCCCGGUGUGGAGUUUACUUCUUUGGCAACGAUCAAUUGCUACGGAAGGGCUGCUGGAAGCAACUCAUUGAACAUAUGGAAUCAGUGGACUGCUUUGGUGUUGUGUUUCCUCUAGUUUGUCCAAUCCACUUGGUCUGCCCGGUGAUUACCUCAAAUGGUGCAAAGUGCGUGACUAAGUGCGCUACUCUUCUCUCUUGUGGUCAUCACUGCAGUGAUCUUUGUCAUUUAUCAAAACCUCACCCAAAAUGCAAGGUAAAUGUUGAAUUCAAGUUUCCCAAGUGUGGUCAUCCUUUACAGCGGGUAUGCCAUGUUCCCGAAAAAGACUUGUAUUGCAAAGAGAUGGUUCAACAUGAGCAUCCACAAUGCAAACACACAAUUCAUCAUCCAUGUUGGCAAGACAUACAAUCAAUCAAAUGCCAGUUAAAAUGUGAACGUUGUAGACCUCAGUGUGGACAUGCUUGUGAGCUCUUAUGCCAUCAGAAUUGUGUUUCUGCUGAGAAAUGUUCCAGCUGUGAUGCAAUUAAAGAGGAAACUUCUAAGAAGCAAGCAAGAGCAAGUGCCAAAAAUGCUGAGCUUCAACGAGUUGCUCUUGAAAAGGAACUACAGAAACUACGAAACAAGCCUCCAGAAGCAACGUGUUUGGUAGAUGUAAGCCAAACUGCUGAAAACGAUCUGUUUCGAGAUAUUCAAGAGAGAGUUUCUUGGUUUUUGCCUGCAACAGAUGGAAUGGAAAUAACCAUUACUUCUCUCAAAAGAAUAAUGAAUUACAGACUACAUAAACAGUGGCUUUCGGCUAGAUUGAGACUGCAAGAGGUGACUGAUUUUGUCUACCGAUUCCUAGUAGUGUCGCAAGCUGAACUUGAAGAUGUCAUUGAGAAAGGAAUAGCAGCACGAAAGAAUGCAUCAUUUAAUGAAGUCUAUUCAAAGCCUUUGAGUGAGUUUUCAGACUGCGAAGAAAGUUAUUGCUUGGUGCGAUUUAAAGUUCUGAAAGGAAAAUGUAAAGAGUAUGAUUGUGUAGAACGUGCAGUGAUAAAGAAGGAAGGAUUUGAUUCAGGAGUAGUUCAGGACAAGGUCAACGGUUUAAAGAGACUAAUUCUGUUAUCUUCCUCUCAGGCUAUGCCAGACUAUGUAGCUUCGUUUGCAGUUACACCAAUGAAAACAACUACGUGUACGUCAAAUGAGCCAGGAAUGACGUUUAAACCUGGUCAUUUUGAAGUGAGAUCUUUACUUCCUUCUCGAAACUUGAAAGACCGACUGGAUGAGUUGUUUUUCCGGGAAGCAGAAUCCCAGUUUUAUCGUAUGUUCCGAAUACAAGAGCAUGACAGGAAGAGUGUUCGUGUUGUGCAAGUUGAUGUAGUUGAUAAUGGUGAUCUCAACAUUCGAUACAGAAAGAAAAAGCAACAAUUUGAGGCUGAAAAGAAACCUGUGGAUGAACUAUUUGUUUUUCAUGGAACUUCCGAUACGUCAAUUGACGCCAUCAUUAGGGAAGGUUUCAAAAUAGGUGGUAAGGACAUCAAAAAAUCUCAUGGAUCUGCUUAUGGCAUAGGUGUUUACACUGCUGAAGAUCCAUUAGUGGCCAUGGGUUAUGGAAAGAGGGGUGAGUCUCAAAAGCUUCUUCUGUCUCGCAUUCUACCUGGUCGCGAAGGUGAAGACUACAAGCACGGUAGAAGUGAGCAUGUAUUUGUCUUAGAGACAUCGGAGCAACUUUUACCUCAAUUUGUUGUGCACAUUGCAAGUAAAUUGAAUUCAGCAAUUGUGUGAUGU